ACAACGUUCGUUCGGUCGUGCGCUCGAUGGCCCGCAAAACAGCUGCUGCUUAGCAUACAAUUUCCACACAUAUUUCGAAGGCGUUUUUCGUUGAUGAUUUUAAAUCAAUAAAGGGUUUUUUUAUUCUUCAUUGUUGUGAAGUGCUAAAAAGACCAGAGUUUUUAGCGAAAUUCAGAUAAAUAUUGGCAGAUUUUCGUUCGUGAAAGCACAAUGGCGAGGCGCAGUCAGGACUGGAAUCGCGCACAGCUGUGAUAUUCCGCCGCCCCCACCACCGAAAAGCUGCCUUACAUGUUCGGCAUGUAGCAGUUAAUUUGACAAACAAGUGUGUGUCGACUGAAAUGCAUGCGCGUGCGUGUGUGUGUAUGUGCGCUGUGACAGUGAACUAAAAAUCGAUUAUCAAUUCCGAAUAAUGCGUCCACUGUUGUUGGAGCGCACUUCGUACACAUCAACAACAACUACGACGACGACGACGAAGGCGUCGGCAGCACUGCGUAUGGUGGAUUGCGGUUGCUACCGCCACUAUCGCCCCGACCACAUUUUCGUUACCCACAAGCAAUUUACUACUGCAUACUGCAAGGCGCAAAGGAGAUGCUACAUAUUGUUAAAGUCUUCGGCGGCACAAUUCCACCAUUUCCAAUUAUUUUGAUUUUGAUAUAUCGGCCCAUUCCACAGACUGGAGCGAGAGUAGCUAGCACUAUUGGAUGUUGAGGAGAAUUGUUUGUUGUUGCUAUUAGUUUAAUUGUUGCUAGGUUUGUUGGAGGAGCGCGCGCAUCGCAUUGAGUUGCAUUUCAAGACGUUAGUUGUUGCUGCAUUAUGUAUGCAAGCAGCAUAUACGUAUGACUGUGUGUGUGUAUGCAAAUCCACCGCCACCCGAUUGCGCUGUCAUUCCAGCUGCCGAAUGCCAGAGCAUACAUGGCGAACGCAAAUGCGAAUGCAAACAUCCUUGUGCAAUAGCAUACCUCCAAAGGAAGUGGCAGUGCAAAAACUCUUGAUUGCAAUUUAGCAGCAACAGCAGCAACAUUUUGAAAAACUCGCUUUAAAUUCUUAAAAAUAUUGCUGAGAAAAUUCACAAUUGAUUCAAGUAUUGGAAAAUUGCAGCAGCAGCUAAAGUAGAAUUUGUGCAUUUGGACUGUGAAUUGUGAACUGGAGGCAGUGCAUGUGCACAGCAUACAUAGGAGCGCUUACAUUGUUGGUGUGAAAUAAACAUUGCAACGCAAUUAAACAGGAAAACGCAAAAUGCACAAGUCAAAAUGCUUGCUUGCGACAAAUGCUGAUGUGUGGAAGUGAGCUGAAAAAAGUGACAAAUCAAAAAACAAGGAAAACAUAAAGAAGAAAAAAAACACGACUGCAGUCGAAUUUUUUUUCUCAUACAAGCAAACACGUUCACACACACAAAGGAGCAAAAGUAAAAAAUCAGCAAUUCCCUUCAAGCAAUUUAUGUAUACAUUUAUUUAAAAAUGAAAGGAAAAUCAAGUAAAAACAAAAACUGAAUUCAUUUUAGAUGUAAACGAAAAAAAAAAAAACAAAAACAAUAACUAACUGCAGCAAUCGUCGUGAACUAUCGGUAUCGUUAUUGCAUCGGUGAAUCGGUUGCUAUUUUAAAUCGCUGUCGUGGUCUGUGAGGCGUCGUUGUUCUUAAGUGCACUUAAAAGGCUGAUUUUUUCUUAUUUUGAUGUUGUGCUUCUACACUCGAAUAGACUCGUUUAAUAACACAAAAACAAAUCAAAAAACAAAAACAACAAACAAACAAUCGAAAACAAUUCUAUAACACGCAUUGGCAAAACGGCGAAAAAUAAUAAAAAAAAAAAACAAAAACCAAUAAAGACUCUGCGACUGGAGAAAAUUUGAAACUUAUACUAACAUACACAUACAUACAUAAUUUUUAAAAAAGUAAAAAAUAUUCGGAAAGCUGCAGCUACAAAGUACAGCUACAUACAUACAAGGAAAAAAAGAAAUGAGACUUAAAGGAUUUCAAAAAUAUAUUUCAAAGAAUUUCUAAAGUUAAUUUCGGCACAACUGGAUCUUUAAAUAAAUGGAUAAGUACACAGUACUAAAUUUAUAAUUUUAAUGUUUUGCUAUCAAACAAAAAAAAAAAUAGAAAGAUAAUUUUUUUCGAAAAGCAGAAAGCUCGACUGAUUUAAAAUUUUGGAACGUAUUGGGGCGACAUAAUUACAUACUUAAAUAGAGCUAAAGAAUACAAAUACAAAAAACUGAGACAACAACAAUAGUGAAAACCCGAAAGUUCGUGCAUCUUAACAAACGAAACCUCCCUGUGUUGCAUUCUUACCCAAACUGCCAGCAAUAAGUGUGAGAAUAACGUGAAAUGCAAAUACCUAAAAAUCAAUUAAAGUAAGCGCUUAAAUUGUUAAAAAAAUCAUAAUAAAACAGAAAACAAGAAGAAAGCCAAUAUUGUUAAUAGUAUUUAAGGCAAAUAUAAUCACUUUUCAUAAAAAUCAAAGUAUCUCUAAAUCUCUUAAUGAACGAUACACCAAAAACUAUACAUACAUACUCGUAUAUACAACUCUAUUUAUAUAUAAACGUAGCAUAAAAUAUUAAAAAAACAACAACAACAAAUUGCACUCCAUAUGUACCGGUUCUCAAAUUAAGUAAAAGGCGUCGAAGCUAAAAUUAAAAAAAAAAAAUAUUUUCAAUCGCGCAACUUAAAUAACCAAAAAUAUACAUGCAAAUAUUCAUAUAUAAUUCACAAAUAUAGGAAAUGUUAUAUAAGCAGAAGUAAAACUCAUCUACAUAUAUACUAUAAACUAUUCAACUGUUUAUAAUCGUGCAUGCAUAUACGCACACCAUUAAGCUGUCACCUGUACGAGUAGAAACGAAGAAUCUAUGACAAAUAUUUAAUGCACCGCAAUGCUCAUAAAAAAAUUACUUCUAUGUAUAUCUACCACUUAAAGUCGCUAAAUUCACUGUUAACCACUAAAUGAAAUAUUAAUGAAAAGCAGAAGCAAAAACAAAAACAAAAUCGUUAUAAUAUUAUAAAUAAAACACCACCAACAUCUGCGUCUUUCACGCAACUUUUCACAUUCAUAUGCGUGCGCACAAACCUUUGUACAAACGCCUAAACUCUUCGUGCGUGUAAGUGUAUGGGUGUUCAUGCAACUGUAAACAUAUGGAAAACGAAUGUAAACAAAGCAUUACAACACCUGCAGUGGGUGACACACCUUCCUACCACCAACUAGGCGCAUAAUUCUCCAGCAGAAUGGCGGGUAAUGCUAUAUUAUUUUAGACACAAACGAAAAGGUGAAACCAAAAUAAAAUUGAACAAUAAACAAAACCAUAAAAUAAACAGUGAGAAUUUUCUGUAGCAAGUAAAAAUAUUAAUUACUGAUUAUUAAUGCAAAUGUAAGUGGUAAUAUUAAAAUGGUUAGUAAUUAUAUAGGAAAGGGCGCAAUAAAACAGGCGAAACUCAAAAAGUCAACAGUUGAGCGAAAUUUACGCGCUUUACGUCCACUACGAAGGCAUAUUCAACAUUAUUCAACAAACAUUUGAAACUGAUAUACAAAAGGUGCAACCCAGUAACUUUCUAUGGAAAAUUUAUAACGACGAAAAUGGUGAAUUCUUUUACACAGAUGCACUCACGCAACGUGCAGGUGCUAUACUAAAUCAGAGAGGCGCGAAAAGUUCGGGCUGCUUAAUUGAAAAUCAAACCAGAACUGCAUAAUAGUGAGUUUGUAGACAAUAAACUGUACUCACGCACGCGUGUAUUACCCUUGCCGACUGAGUGAAUACAUGGAAUGUAAAAACAGAUAUGUGCUACGAAAGUACUGCAAUCACAAGUAAAUACAAAUAAAGUAGAAUCUUAGCAUUUAUCGUUAUUUAGUAGAGUUACGCUAAAGUCACGAACCUUAAAACCCUGGGAAAGCGUAAAAAUAUAAGUGCAAUGAAAAAUUCAUUAAUGCAAUUAUGAAAUAUUAAUAAAGAUACAUUCUCGAACUGCUGGAAUGCACACAGUUAUGAGUAAAUAACAUUGAUGACAAACGCAUUCGUUAAACUCACGCAUGCCUCAUGCGCUGGUGUAAAUGAGAAGUCGUUUCGAAAUGUUACUGUAACUUAAUUUUUCGAUGAUCGUAUCAAAGGCUGCUUAUCUAGGACUUUUCUAAAGUUUAUUUUUUUUUGCACGCGCGCGCGGAAUAUGAUAAUAUACUCCAGGGAUAUGUGGCAUAUGCGCUCGUAACAUUCGAGAUAAAAUUUAUGCAUUCACCAACAUCCAGUCAAGUACGGCAAAAGUCAUGAGGUUUUUAAUAUUCAAAAAAAGGAGUAAAAGUAAAAUAAUCAGCAUUUAGAAACAGAAAAGUCAAUAAAUAUUAAAAAAAAAAAUAACUACGUUCACUCACCUAAGCAAAAAACUCAUAUGAGCGCGGUGUAAAAUCAAUAAUAGGUACAAAUAGUGCCGAUGAAACAUUUUUGGAACUCACGCAAGUCUCACGCACAAACACGAAUUGUAAAAGUUACGAUGGCUGGGUCGCAAUUUCGCUACAUGUAAAUGCUGACUGUCUAAAUUUGAAUUUAAAAAGAAUUUUUUUAACAAAUAUUUACAAAAAAUGCACUCACGAAAGAAUAACACGAUUUGCACUAGACAAGUUUUCCAAGGGAAUAAUUUGAUUCCAAAUUCAAGUGAUCAGUUCAACAAAGAAGCUUAAAUUGUAAUGAGAAAAUAGCCCAUGAGUAUUUGUUUAAAUAGUAAUACAGCCUGGAAUCGCACUUGGAAUAGUCUGAGAAGCAAAUUUUGAAUCAAAUAAAGGUAUAAAUAAACACACAUAACUGCACGUCUAAAGCAAACAAGAAGUUUGACACAUUCGGCUUAGAUAUAGGACACUUACACGAAACGCACGCUUUAUAAAACGUGACAAAAAUAAGUAAAAACUAUUCUUAGCGUUUCACUGCGUGUGUCGAAUAAGCGUGCAUGCUUCCAAAUAUACCUGCAAAGUAUGCUCACGCAAGUGUCACGAUCGGUAAGAUAGGAAAAAUACGUAAAAGAGGAAAGUAAACAAAUCCAUGAUUUUUAAAAUGCAUUUAGAGAGCGCAUUUAUCGCACAUGAAAGCUCACGAAUCGUGAUAAUGAGGAAGUGCUUACAUGAGGUGCUGAUUUAAAUGGACCAAGUAAAAGCAUAAAAUACCACAAAACAACCAAACAACCAAACGCACAAGCAAACAGGGAAUUGCGUAUUAUGAACCCAUCAAAAAAUAAAUACCUGCAAGGACAAACAAAAGAAACACCAUCAAUGCAACAAACGCGAAGCAAUAGCACCACAUAUAAAUCUGCAAAAAACCCAAAGACUUACAUACAUAUAUACAUACCUUCAUAACUGAAAGUAAACACCAAUAAGACUUAUUACUAGUUCAUCGAAAUCGUCAAAUCGUCAACUCGACCAUUCGCAAUCAACCAACCAACGCAUUUAAAUGCUGCCCAUCGACUCAACGCUCGCUGCCAGCUCCACCAAAGCGUCGCAUAGCUCACCACCUUACACACUACGCUGUCGGCCAUCGCGCAGCGCCACCAGCGAGCAGCAUGUCACCAAUAAUCUCGUGCUGAUCACGCAGCAACUGCAGCAGCAGGACAACAAGGCUGGCGGGCGCGCCUCGGAUGACGGCACCAAAGUCACCACAACGUCUGUGAAUAUACACACUUGCAAUAGCAACUACACCAACCACAGUGCAACAGGUGUGACGACAGUGAGCGCCAACAGCAAUGACAAUCCAGGUGGUGGUGGCGGUGGCGGUGCUUGCAGCAGCAGCCAUGCAGCAAAUAGUUUUCGCAACAAAAUACCAUCGAUCUCGAUUAUUCCAUUGCCGGUUAGCAGCGUCGCCAGCUGUAGCAGCGGUACAAGCACAAGCACAAGUGUAGUGCGCACAGUGACCACCUCGAAUAAGGCCACUUCGCCGCCACCAAUCUUCAACUCACCACCAAGAAGCAAUAGCAGCAGCACCGGUGCUAAUUUGCAGUCUCAACGUCCACUAUUGCAACACCAAUACCAGCAGACCGAUAAGUGCACCAUAUUAAAAUUUGAUGUACUACGCAAACCAUCGGCGACCACAACCACAACCGCUGAUCUUUUGUCGCGCAAUAUCAUCACAACAGCGCCAAAAACGCAUACUACGGCAGCAGCUGCCACUGCUACCGUCACAAAUGCUGUGACCUUUGCCACGAGUGCCGAACGUCGUCAACAACACUUGCAGGCUUUGCAGCAAUCUAUCUUCGAUCAGGAGAUGUCCGACGAUGCGGAAGCCGAUGCGGAAAUAGCAGCACUACAUCAACAGGUGCUCGGUGGCAAUAACAACAUCACGGCGGGUAGCCAGCCAAUUAUCGUAAAGAUCGAACCGGCGCAAUCGUUUCACAUCGUCGAUGAAUCGGAUACGCGUGUGCUCAGUUUACCGCUGUCUGAUGCGGAUAAGGUGGGCGCCAGUUGGAUUGAUCUGAAGGAUAUUGCUGGGCUGCAAACCACCUCCGCCACACUGGUAGAUGUGUGCUUCGAAUCGCCGCCAGCAUUGUUACCCGUUAGCGCCAAUACGUCCACUUCGACAUCGACAACCGAAGCAAUGGUGCAGACAGCGCUAGACACAAACGGUGUUAGCCAUACACCAGCGGCGAAGAAGCGUCAGUUGGUUGUUAAAGUAGAGCAACCGGUUGCGGCGGCAACCGUUAUUGAGACUGUAAUGACACCCACGACGGCUGUAACUGCAGCUGUUACAGCCACAGCGCCCACAGCGUCUGCAACGGCUACUGUGACGCGGCUGAAUGUUAAUGAACGUAGUGUGCAGCAGCAACAACAGCAACAACCACAGCAAUUGCAGCAACAACAAUUUCAGAAUAAAGGAACCACCACAACUACGGGAACUGGAAUAACACCGUCCUCCUCGACGGGACUGAACGCUGGAGGAGCAAUGACAGGUUUGUACUUAACGCAUUUACUGUGCGAAUAUUUCUUAGAAUAUUGCGUCUAUGUGUAUGUGCUUAAAAGUGAUUGA